AUAGCUGGAAAGGUCAUACUUCCCAGUUAAUUGUUUCUGGAUCGGAUAGUGGUGCUACUCUAAGAGCUUUGCAGCCUGUUACGACAUAUCACUUAAGGGUCAUAACCGAAAACGCGAUUGGGAAAAGCAGACCUAGUGCAAUUAUCAAUGUUACAACUCAAGUUGAGGCACCCUCUGCGCCGCCAAGAGACCUGUCUGUUCAACCUACGGGAGAUCAGUCUCUAAAAGUUACAUGGAAGCCCCCUAGAGAAGACGCUAGACAUGGUCAAAUACAAGGAUAUCAUGUGGGCUACAGAAUAUAUCAUUCAUCAGAAAAGUUUCAGUACAAGACUGUAGAAGCAAAUAGUGAAAGCGAGCAGCAGUCGACGUAUGUUACCGGUCUACAACCUUUCACGAAGUAUGAAAUUAUUGUUAAAGCUUACAAUGUUGCGGGAGCAGGCCCACAAACUGAUAGCAUCAUUGAAACUACUUUGGAAACAGCUCCUCCGACAUCUCCAAUUCUACAAGUUGUUAGCACUACCUCAAACUCCAUUAACAUCAGAUGGGAAAAAGAUCCUAAAGAUCGCUCUAGUAUAACAGAGUAUACUUUACAUUAUAAACAUGACGAUGGUAUAUGGCAGAGCAAGAAACUGAGGAGUACUGCGGAUAGGUAUACUUUGGAAAACGUAAAAUGUGGUACAAGGUAUCAUAUGAAUCUCACUGCAUCUAAUAGCCUUGGAACAGGAGAGCCUAGUCGAUCCGUUAUUACAAGAACAAAAGGAGCAGCUCCAAUGCCAGCACCUCAGCAGUCUUUCAUUACAUUAAAUUCCACAUAUGUUAUUUUGCAUCUUGACGGAUGGCAAAGUGGUGGAUGUCCAAUACUACAUUUUAACAUCCAGUACAAACAUAAAUACCAGACCCAGUGGACAUCAUUUCCAGAGCGGAUACCAGCAAACAGAGAUAAAGUGAUUCUGGGACCACUUGUGCCGGAUCGGGAUUAUUUCGUGAUGGUGACUGCCCAUAGCGAGGCGGGCGUGACUCAAGGAGAAUAUAAAUUUCGGACAUUGCCAAUGGCAUCGCCUAUUGAAACGACGUCCCUUCCUGCUCUAGUUCGACGCGAAGCUGACCUUCCAUUUCAUCGGAACGUAACGCUACUCAUACCUGUUGUUGUUUCAUCGCUUGUUCUCAUCAUUGUUAUUUUCACCGUGGUUGUCUGCCUUCGAAAACACACCCAAGACAGAAGAGGACAACAAGGAAUAUGGUAAAUUCUCAAAGCAUAGCUAAAGAAAUGCUGAAUUUCAACAAAAUUUGGAAAUUUUACUUACAUUGUGAGUAUAUUUACAACCUUACAGAUGUUACGAGAGAUUAAAAAAAAGCGGGAAAGUCUGACUA